AUUGGAAGGCGCAUGGCUUGCGAUAGUCUGGAAGCACGGUGAUACGCUACUCCGACCGCUUCGGAUCAAGCAGCCCAUUUGUGCUGGCCUGGGCGCCCUCGGCCACGUGCUCGAGGGGAAGGGCACGGCCAGACGGGAUGGCGCCGGUGGGCAGCACUUUCGCGUUGAGCUCGCUGGUGGUAAGCGGGCUCUUCGGCGCGCUGCGAACGGGCAUCUGGGAGACAGCGCCUGCGCCCAGCGAUCCCGCAGGCGCAUUGCCCACCGCGACGGCGGUCGACGGGGACUCGGCCGAUUGGAGGGGAGCCACGGCGGCGGCUGCGCAAGCCAGACUUCCCGGUGGACCGCAGGGGUCGGCCGCGCCAGAGCCACUCACGGAGGCCAGGCCCGCGGUGCGUGACCUGGCGACAACUGUCGAGGGAUCGGCGGCCGAGGGGGACAUGGGCGACCCCAGCGGAGCCGCCGCAGCAGCUGUGCAGGCCGGGAGGACCAGCAGACCGCGAGGUCCGGUCGCGCUGGCGCCGGCCACGGAGGCCAGGCAUUCUGGCAGUGGUCCGGCAGCUGCGCAUGCCGACGGGACCGGCACACAGGUCGGCAAAGGUCGCAGGGCGGCUGCGCACGUGUCGGCAAAGCCAGCGCUGGCCACAGAGGGUGAACACCUGGCGCCCAGCAUUGAGGUGGCGGCCACGGCCGAAGUGGCGGCGGCCGCGGGGGACGGAAGCGCCUUGGGCGGAGCCACCGCGGCGCCGGCGCAGGCAGGGAGGACCAGCACACCGAUUGGUUCGGCCGCGCUGGCGCCGGCCACGGAGACUAGGCACUCCGUGCCCGGCACUGAGCGGGCCUGUGCUGCGAGCUGUUCCCCUUGCACCGCGGCUCCCGCUCACGUCGCAGACGGGGACGCGGAGAGGGGCACCAGCGCCUGCCCUCCGUGCCCAGCUCCGACCUGCUCCGCCGACAAGCUGCUGGGGGCGCCUCUCCAGUCCGCGGAUGAGGCUGCAGCGUCCUUCUCGCUGGACUGGUACUCGCUGCUCCAGUGGGCCUGGAGCGUGCCGUGGUGGGUGGCGUGCGCCUUUUACUACGGGUGCCGGGCUUUGUGCUGCCGUCGGCGCAGUGGCGGCAGCGAGGCGGACGCUGGCCAGGAGUGGGACGACGAGGAGGCAGAUGCCGAAGACAGGUGUGGCCAGGCCACCUCGGCCGCGGAGCUCCGCCCCUGGGUGCCGGACCUGCGCCUUGGAGCCGAGCCGCCGCUGGCGCCCACCGCCACCGGAGGCGCGGGCGGCGACAGCCUGGUGGACCAGACGGCCGAGGAGGGGCAGGCCGCGGAGCCGUGCGAACCCGGCGCGCGGGCUGCGGGGCCCUCUGGCGAGGGCGUGGGCGAGAAGGGGGAGCCGCCGCUGGUGCAGGCCAGGCCCCUUUCGGAGGUACCCUCCCCCUCCCGGUCGGCAGUGGGCGCGCAGCCUCAGAGCGCGGGCAGCCCUGCCGCCGCGCCGAGGCUGGCGCGCAGCCCAGAGCCGGCAGAGGAGGGUGCCGGCCGCUUGGAGGGCUGCUCGCCGCUGUCCACGCCGCGCGGCGGCUUGGACAGCCCGCUGAAGGCGGACGACGACGCCGAGGACGUCGUGGCACGCGCCCAGAGGCUCCUGGAGCACGCGUGCUUGGCAAAGGACUGCGUGAUCUUCGAGGAGGAAGACGACGAGCUGCGGCACCAUCGCCAGCGCUCCGAGGCGCUGGGCCCACUGGCACACUCACUGGCGGACCUUUUGGCGGAGCACGAGCGGAUGCGCGACGCGGGCGCAGUCCUCUUGGACACCAUGGAGCGACUGCAGGAGGACAACCAACAGCUGGCUGGGGACGCGGCGUACUGGCGCGCCCUCGUGGAGGGAAGGAGGGGCGAGGAGAACUCCAGCGCGGGGGAGACUCCGGAGAGACUGCCUUGCGCGAGCCUGGGGGAGGCCGAUGAGGACCAGCCGGAGUUCACGCCGUGAGCCGGCCCGGGGCGGGGCCCCGUGCCAGACGACGCCCCCGUGGGCUCGCAGGCCAAGGCCGUGAGUGGUGAGCAAGCCCCGGCCGGGGCGGGGGCUCGGGCGCUGUCUCUGGGGGUCCGCCUGCCAGCGGCCCCGUGGGGCUGCGGCCGCGGCGGCGCAAUUAGGAAUUUGGACAUGGGCGCAGGUGGGCCUGUCAACCGACCUCUUCCACCUUGAGAGCGCCUCC